UCCUCUUGCGCAUUUUCCCCAGAAGGCUCUUCUGAAAACCGGAAAAAGGAUCGGGAAACACUAGCAGGCACAUUGCGCUUGCGCUUGGAGGAGCCGGAAGUCGGGGCAGGAGUGAUUCUACUUCCGUUUCUAGUUUUGCCCUGGUGUUUGGGUUUCUCCUCGGCCGCCCAAGAUGAACCGAUUCUUCGGGAAAGCGAAACCCAAGGCUCCGCCGCCCAGCCUGACUGACUGCAUUGGCACGGUGGACAGCCGGGCAGAAUCCAUUGACAAGAAGAUUUCUCGAUUGGAUGCUGAGCUAGUGAAGUAUAAGGAUCAGAUCAAGAAGAUGAGAGAGGGUCCUGCAAAGAAUAUGGUCAAGCAGAAAGCCUUGCGGGUUUUAAAGCAAAAACGGAUGUAUGAGCAGCAGCGGGACAAUCUCACCCAACAGUCUUUUAACAUGGAACAAGCCAAUUACACCAUCCAGUCACUGAAGGACACCAAGACCACGGUGGAUGCUAUGAAACUGGGAGUAAAAGAAAUGAAAAAAGCAUACAAGCAAGUGAAAAUUGACCAGAUUGAGGAUUUACAAGACCAGUUAGAGGAUAUGAUGGAAGAUGCAAAUGAAAUCCAAGAAGCACUGAGUCGCAGUUAUGGCACCCCAGAAUUAGAUGAAGAUGACCUAGAAGCUGAGUUGGAUGCACUGGGUGAUGAGCUUCUGGCUGAUGAAGAUAGUUCCUACUUGGAUGAAGCAGCAUCUGCACCUGCAAUUCCAGAAGGUGUUCCCACUGACACAAAAAACAAGGAUGGAGUCCUGGUGGAUGAAUUUGGAUUGCCACAGAUUCCUGCUUCAUAGACUUGCAUCAUUCAAGUACCUUGUAUAAAAUGAACAUACCUUGUGGGACUGGGAAAUGUGUGAUCUUUCCGAAUUUUCCAUAACAGAUUUAGGUUUUUUUCUUUUCUUUGAAAGAAAGGUUAAUUACAUUGCUUCCCCCCCAACCCCAGUAAGAGACUCAUCCCUUUGAAGAUGCUUUCUUUGUACUAAAAUUUGAUUCCUUUCUCUCUUAUGAAAGGCUAACGUACUUAAGAGUAUCUUUGGCUUUGUAUGACUUAUUUUCAUUCAUUAAUGAUCAUUUAAAAUAAAAUCAAAGAAAUGGGAAUCUUUAAAAUCUUUAACAGUGUAACUCUAUGAUAAAUUGAUAAGACAGAGAUGAAAUUAUUGGGGCUAUUCAUAUUCUGAUUCAAAACCAUUUUAUAAGGCCGGGCACUGUGGCUCAUGCCUGUAAUCCUAGCACUCUGGGAGGCCGAGACGGGUGGAUUGCCUGAGCUCACAAGUUUGAGACCAGCCUGAGCCAGAGUGAGACCUCGUCUCUAAAAGUAAGCAGCUGUUGUGGCGGGCGCCUGUAGUCCCAGUUACUUGGGAGGCUGAGGCAAAAGAAUCACUUGAGCCCAAGAGUUUGAGGUUGCUAUGAGUUGUGACGCCACAGCACUCUACCAGGGGCAACAAAGUGAGACCCUAUCUCAAAGAACAAAACAAAAAAACCACAACAUUUUCUGGGCAGUGCCUGUGGCUCAGUGAGUAGGGCGCCGGCCCCACAUACCGAGGGUCGUGGGUUUGAACCAGCCCCGGCCAAACUGCAACAACAAUAAAAAUAGUCAGGCUUUGUGGCAGGUGCUUGUAGUCCCAGCUACUCGGGAGGCUGAGGCAAGAGAUUUGCUUAAGCCCAAGAGCUGGAGGUUGCUGUGAGCUAUGACACUACUGCACUGUACCGAGGGUGACAAAGUGAGCCUCUGUCUCUUUAAAAAAAAAUUUUUUUUUUCUGUUGGGGCAUUAUAGAUCUGUUAAAGUGAUAGCCUUUUUCUGAUGAGUUUUGUUGUGUCUUGUGAGCAAAUCAUUACUGUGUCCAAUAUGGGAAUGGAAUUACCACUGCUGUAUCAUGAGUAGAUAUCUUGAUUCUAUGGUUCCCUCAGUAUUACAGCCUGACUUGUAUUCAAUUAUGAAUAUUUCUUGAUAUUUAAUGUAUAGGACAUUUAUUUAUACUCAAUAAAUAUUUUUCAAAAGGAUAUCAUUUUAAUAAUA